UGCUGUGGUUUAGCUGAGAGCUAGCUGCCGAGUGCUUAGCUCUCCAGGUGCAGCUAAUUCCCUGUUUGUUCAGGUUCAAAUUAAAACCUCUAACACGUCAAAUCCUCGUGGAGGUUGGGACACAUUUUGAAGAUGUUGUUACAGGAAAAUGUUUUAUUCAGUGACUGAAUGAAAUUGUUGCAGGCAGGUGAUCAUCACAUGGAGUUACACGGGACAAAUGUAUGAAGGUUGGAGCCAAGAAACAAGACCUUCACAGUAAAAUGACAUAAACGUCCUUCUGAAGAUGAUGUGCAGACGCAUGUUGUAAGUAAUGUGAUCGGGAGGUUAAGGGAAUGCAGACUUGCCAGCUAUAGCUUGUAUGUGAGCGCGAUGCCCAGGCGGGGGUUGCCGCUCCAGGGCCGGGUCCGCUGGCUCUUCCUGGGCCUCUUCCUGCUGCUGGUGCUGCUGCUGUUCGCGUACCUGCUGGAGUGCACCCCUCCUGCAGACGUCAGCCUCGUCCUGCCCGGCCUGGCGGGGGAGUCUUACGGGAAGGAGUACUACCAGGCGAUGCUGCAGGAACAGGAGGAGCGCCACCUGAACCGUGCGGCCAGCCUCAAGCGCCAGAUCGCCCAGCUCAAGCAGGAGCUGCAGGAAAUGAGCGAGAAGCUAAAGCUGCUGCAGGACAAGAAGGAGCUCCCCGGGGUGCAGGGUCUGGCCGAGACUAAAGACCAAGAGCCGGGGGAUCUGCUGGAGUACCUGCACUCUCAGAUCGACAAGGCUGAGGUCAACACCGGGGCGCGCCUCCCCAGCGAGUACGCCCUGGUGCCCUUCGAGAGUUUCACCUCCUCCAAGGUGUACCAGCUGGAGAUGGGGCUGACACGGCACCCGGAGGAGAAACCGGUCCGCAAAGACCGCAGGGACGAGCUGGUGGAGGUCAUCGAGGCCGCGCUGGACAUCAUCAACAACCCCGACGAGGAGGAUGGCGUGGAGGAAGACAUGCCGAUGCAGAGGCAAACCUACACAGAGGGUCACUUUUCUGAAGGUCUGUACAGGACGGAGCGAGACAAAGGGUCACUUUACGAGCUCUUCUUUGCCAAAGAGGAUUCCAGCAGCUUCCGCCACGUCACGCUCUUCAGGCCUUUUGGUCCCUUAAUGAAAGUCAGGAGCACAUCUGUAGAAACAUCAGGACUGAUUAUUAACAUCAUAGUGCCGCUGGCGGGCAGAGUAGAGACAUUCUCACAGUUCUUGCACAACUUCAGGGAGGUGUGCGUACAGCAGGACAGACGAGUGCAUCUCACGGUGGUUUAUUUUGGGCAGGACGGCCUUCAGGAGGUUAAGUCAUCUUUGGAAAAGAUGUCAAGAGAGGAGAGCUUCUCCAAUUACACUCUGAUCCCGGUGGACGAGGAGUUUUCACGAGGUCGGGGUCUGGAUAUCGGCGCCCACGCCUGGAAGAAAGGCGACGUCUUAAUGUUUUUUUGUGACGUUGACAUUCAUUUCACUCUGGAGUUCCUCAACACCUGUCGUCUCCACACCGCUCCAAAUAAGAAAGUCUUCUAUCCAGUGGUGUUCAGUCUGUACAAUCCUGCCAUCGUCUAUGGAAAUUUGGAGCUGGCUCCACCCAUUGAACUCCAACUGAUUCACAAAAAAGAUGCUGGAUUCUGGAGAGAUUUUGGCUUCGGAAUGACGUGUCAGUAUCGCUCAGACUUCCUAAACAUCGGUGGGUUCGAUCUUGAAGUGAAAGGCUGGGGCGUGGAAGACGUCCACUUGUACAGGAAGUACCUUCGGAGCGACACGAUAGUGAUCCGGACGCCGGUGUCCAGUCUUUUCCACCUGUGGCACGAGAAGCAGUGCGCGGACGAGCUGACGCCGGAGCAGUACCGCAUGUGCAUCCAGUCCAAAGCCAUGAACGAGGCCUCCCACUCCCACCUGGGCAUGUUGGUCUUCCGCGAGGAGAUCGAGGCUCACCUACGCAAGCAGGCCUUCAAGACUCAGAGCAAAGCAGCGGACUGAGGAAGCCUCCACGUACCCGACGUCAUUUUCAACGUCAAGACUGUGAGGUGCUGCCAUCGUCAACGCACUGCAGCAAAGACAUGUUUACAUGCAUCCUUCUGCAUUUCACCGCACAGCUGUAGACAAAUGAAUGUACAAAAACAAACAAACAUUGAUCAAUGUGAAACUUCACAACAUGGUACAACUCUUACUGAAGAGCUACAGCAGUAUCAAACACAAACACACGAUCAAAUUUAUAAUCCAACCUGCUGAAGGAAAACCUACACAUGUAGAACAAGUCGUACAUUUAUUGGGUUUAGGUUUACAUUGAAUUCACGUACUGGAAUCAGUCAGCAUGCUGUUAGUAUCUGGGAAACAUAACGUCUCAUUAAGCCAUCCUCUUCCUUUCUUCCUCUCUGCUGCUUACACUACCUUUCACUGCUCAAUGUGACCUCAGCCAGCAGAUUUCAGCUGUUUCAGAUGAUUUCCGCGUUCAAACAAGAUCAAACCAGCAGUUACCAUUUAGUGUUUUUAUAGUAUAAAAAAUCAGUGACAGCCCAACUGUAAAACUAUUUAUUUACCGGUAAAAAAAAAAAAAAGGAAAGAUAAGAAGUUGACCCUUACAAGAACCAGCAAGUUUCUACUGAUUCUCAGCUGCAAGUUGAGGAUCAAAGCAAUUUACAAUCUUUCCAGUAUAGUGGCAGUUGUGUCUGGAGCCAUACUGUUCUGUUAGUAUUUUAUUUGUAGGUUGUUUCAGGCUGGCAACGCGGUUUAAAAAAAAAAAAAAGGGAUUUUUUGUGUGUGUGUGUGUGUGUGUUAAUGUGACAAUCAGUCACUUAUCUUCCUUUUGCUAACGACAGCUUCUGAUUGAUCAGUCUAACAGAGAAGCAUGUUGAUUAGAGCCAGGAGCAAAGAUGUGCUUAUAGCAUGCAGCGCUAUAAUAUCAGGUCUACGUGGACCAGUAUUAUCAUUAAAAUGACAAAAACAUGUAUCCUUUAUGCCCGGUGAGAGCUCACUCACAGCACUAUGAUUCCUAAUACUGGACUGAGAUUGAAUGUUAACAGCCUCUCGUGUAAAUACUUUUUCUAAUAUUUCUUUGUUUCAUACGUGUGAGUUGAAUACUUUGUCGUACGUGCCUACAUACUUAAAGUGACACGAAAUGUUUUGAAGAGAUUGUUUUGAAGGCGUAUCAACAGAUCUCACAAUGAGAGCGGACGUCGAAUCAGUCCCAGAGGUCAGAGGUGUUAACGUUAAUGAGAACAGCUGUCAAAACUCUACGGCGAGCAGGCGAGAAGUGCUUUAUUUUUCUCACAAUGAAAGCAGGUUAUUCUUGCAUCUCACCAUGUUCUGUAAUUAUUUUUAAUCAACGUCUUUUGCAGAUAUUACAGCUUUUUGUAGAUAGUCUUAAAAAGUCUCCUCACCCUGCAGGAGAAAUGUUACACGUCUUCCUCUCAGCAGUACAGAAACAGCUCAGACAGAAUCUGUGCAAGGAAAUGAUUUUAUUUUGAAAUUUUGGCCAUGAAAUAAAACUUACAGAAGGCUGCAUUAA